AUGACAGAUUUUGCGCCAUUUGGCGAAGAACCAAAGAAAGAAGAUACAUCAAUGCCCACUUUUGAGUCACUUGGUGGAGAAACUGAGACAGAAUUUACCGCCACAUUUGAUGAUCCAAAAAAAGAAGAUACUUCAAUGCCUACUUUCACUGCAUUUGGUGAAGAACCAAAAAAUGAAGAUACUUCAAUGCCAACAUUUACAGCUUUUGGCGAAGAACCUAAAAAAGAAGAUACAUCAAUGCCUACUUUCACUGCGUUUGGUGAAGAACCAAAGAAAGAAGAUACAUCAAUGCCAAAAUUUGAUUCGUUCGGAGAAGAACCUAAAAAAGCAGACACAGAAACGUCAACAUUUUCAGCAUUCGACGAAGAACCAAAGAAAGAAGAUACAUCAAUGCCAAAGUUUGAUUCAUUCGGAGGAGAAAAGGAAACAGAAUUUACAGCUUCAUUCGAAGAUCCUAAAAAAGAAGAUACCGAAAUGCCAACAUUUACAGCAUUUGGCGAAGAGCCAAAGAAAGAGGAUACUUCAAUGCCGAAGUUUGAUUCAUUUGGAGGAGAAAAAGAAACAGAAUUUACAGCAUCUUUUGAUGAACCAAAGAAGGAAGAUACUUCAAUGCCUACUUUCACAGCAUUUGGCGAAGAUCCUAAGAAAGAAGACACGUCAAUGCCUACAUUUACAGAAUUCGGAUCUGAAUCUAAAUCCAAAGAUUCAGAUUCUCCUCAGUUUAGUUCAUUUUCAGACACAACUACAGAAAAAUCCGAAUUUACAUCAUUCGGAUCAGAAAGCGGAACAACUGGUGAAUUUACAUCUUUUGAUGACUUUUCGAGUGGUUUUUCAUCUGCUAAAUACGAGAAAGUUAAAUCUCCACUUGAGUUGGCCCUAGAAGGCAUUGAAACAAAGCUGUAUCCAUUAGAAGAAAGCCAAGUUAAACUUGAUUUUACGGCUAUAUCUCAGAGAAUAACAAUUCCGAAAGCAAUUUCUUUCAAAGAUUGUCCUCUUGCUAAAGAACUAUCCGAUUUCUGUACUACUAAGCUUAAUCAUAAUUAUACUUUCUCUGAAUAA